CUAUGACAGACAGAUUUUAAAAAAUCAAAUGUGAAGUUGCAAAUGCGCACUGUGUUGUGGCGUUCAUUAUCAAUUUUUGUAAUAAUCUAACAAUUUACGUUCUCAAUUGCAUCUUCAAUUUAAUAUAAUAUAUUUCCAACAUGUCUGGCCGUGAAGGUGGUAAGAAGAAGCCGCUAAAGGCUCCCAAGAAGGAGUCGAAGGAACUGGACGAUGACGACCUGGCCCACAAGGCCAAGCUCAAGGAGCAACAGAAGGCUUUGGCGGAAGCGAAAGCAAAGGCAACCCAAAAAGGUCCCCUCACACAAGGUGGAAUAAAGAAAUCUGGCAAAAAGUGACAUCACUCUACAAUCGUUUACUGUUUAAGUUAUAGGCUGUAAUAAAUUCUUUUGUAAGAACUAAGAUCUUCCGUAUAUCUUUUUUUAAAUGUGUGCUACAUUACUUUUGAAGUUAUAUAAUAACGGAUUUCACUAUUUUCAUUUUGUUUAUCUGGCUGUAGAAUCAGUAUACUUUAUUUUUUUCAAACAUAGACAUUUUAUUUGGUACAGGUUAACAUUGUGAAAAUAUACCAUUGUUUAUAUAUCUUAAAAUUCAGCACCGCCCCAACAUGGUUGAAAAUUGUAAUUUUCUCAUAUGAAGUGUUACUUUUGCAUUUAAACGUAAUAAAGUUGUGAAUACCAA